AUGCGUUUCUCGGCGUUCCGAGAACGUGUCUUCCGUCUAAAAAACUUACCGGCUGGUGAGUUGGCGACUCCUUUGCGAAGAUGUCUCAGCACUUUCGACAUCACCCUUCUCGGCGUCGGUCAUAUGAUCGGAGCCGGCAUUUACGUGCUCACGGGCUCGGUGGUCCGUAACACGGCCGGUCCUUCCAUCGUUCUGUCGUUCUUAUUGGCCGGCUUCGCUUCGUUGCUCUCGGCUCUGUGCUACGCAGAGUUCGGAGCUCGGUUCCCGAAGGCUGGAAGUGCGUACACGUAUGCUUACGUGGGAGUCGGAGAGCUGUGGGCCUUUGUGAUCGGAUGGAAUAUAGUGUUGGAGCACAUGCUCGGAGCUGCAGCUGUCGCUCGUUCAUGGUCCGGAUACUUGGAUUCUCUUCUUGGAAAUGUGAUCUCAAAUUCGACAAUUGCCCGGACUGGACAUCUUCAUGAAGUGAGUCUAGACUUACGAAACUUAUAAGCUUGAACCUCUUUUCAGACCUCUUCAUUCUUUGGUGACUACCCCGACCUCCUGGCCUUCUUGUUGAUUGUCCUUGUCGCUUUCUUUGUGGCCCUUGGCUCGAAGGUCUCCACUAACUUCAACUCAUUCCUCACAAUUCUGAACAUCGGCGUAGUGGUCAUUGUGGUCUUCUACGGCAUCACUUUUGCCGAUUUCUCCCUCUGGAGUGGUGUGGAUGACAAGGGAGAGUCAAAGUAAGAAUUCGAAGGUCUUUUGACUACUUAUAACUUUUUUCUUGUCAGAUUCUUCCCGUACGGUGUGUCUGGAAUGUUCGCGGGAGCCGCGUCCUGCUUCUUCGCCUACAUCGGCUUCGAUGGUCUCGCUACAGCUGGUGAAGAAGCCAAGAACCCUUCGCGUUCGAUUCCAAUUGCCACUUUCUCCUCCAUGACCAUAGUCACCCUGUCCUACGUGCUCAUGUCCGCCUCGCUCACCCUUAUGAUCCCCUACAACAUGGUUCAUCCGACUGCCGCCUUCUCCGACGCCUUCACUAUGCGCGGAGCCGACUUUGCCGCCUACGCAGUCUCCUUGGGCGCUCUCUUCGGAAUGACCACCAGUCUCGUCGGAGGAAUGUUCGCUCUGCCUAGAUGUGUCUUCGCUAUGGCGGAUGAUGGCUUGCUCUUCAGCUCUUUGGCUUCUGUUAAUCCGAAGACCCAAGUUCCGAUUCAAGCCCUGAUCAUAUUUGGAUUCUUAACUGCUAUAAUCGCUUUGCUCUUUGAUAUCACAACUUUGGUGGAGUUCCUCUCAAUCGGAACCCUUCUGGCCUACUCCAUUGUCUCCGCUUGCGUUAUAAUCCUUCGCUAUCAGCCUGCCUACAGUGUCGAUGAAGGGCAGUUUGACAAUGGCGGAAAACUUCGGUUCAAGAUCCCUGGGCUUGGAUUCCUGGACACUUUGCAACCAGGUCAUUCGAUCUACUACGGAAUGAGUGUGAUGAUCACUUCGAUGUUCCUAUCGGGGCUUGGAUUCAGUUCAGGUGAGCCUAGAAAAUUGUGAACAAGUGUAUGUAGAUGAUUUACAGGUUACCUACAUGGCCCAACUUCCUGUCAAAUUUUUCUGUUCAUCAACAUCAUCAUCGCCAUUCUUUCCUUCUUCUUCAUAUGUGCACACUACCCCAACAACACUCCUUUAGACUUCAAGGUACAUCAAUAAUCAAACACUGAACUUCAUAAAAUCAAAGUCUUUCAGGUCCCACUAGUUCCGUUAAUUCCUUCUCUUUCCUUGCUUAUCAACACGCUCAUGAUGGUUCAUUUGGCGUGGAUUACGUGGAUUCGGUUAGCAGUCUGGAUGGGCAUCGGCUUUGCGAUCUACUUCGGCUACGGAAUCCAUCACAGUAAGGAGGAGGUGCAGGACGCGGAGAGGUUCUCGAAGAGUUCCACUUAUGAGAGUGUGGUCUCUGCGGUCGCUGCCGGAUCCCCUUGAAAUAUAUAUGUGUCUAAACAUUAAUUUAUUUUGUCCUCACCCCCACCCCCACCCAACCAAAAAUGUCCACUGGUUUGUACUGCAUUUCUUCUUGCUUUUCCCUUCUCCCCGUCCACGCAAGCUUCUAAAUGUUUAGUGUGUUAAUAAAAAAGUAAAUGUAUAAUAUCUGUUUCGGAAUCAUCAGAUCACUGGGCCAUUGCGUAAUUAUCCUCCUUUCUUAUCAAUUGUCAUUUUUUCUUAUCAACAAGAAGAAGUGUCUCUGGCGAAAAAUGCGGAGACAAAAGGAUUAAAAGGCGGGCGGAUGGCGAGAAGAAUCCCGUUUUUCGAGUUUUCAACGGUGAAAAAGAGAGGAAGGCACGAAGACGUAAUCCGAAGAAUUGGAAGUUUUUCCUCAUUUCCCUACACGAGAUGAGGAGAAAAAUAGAAGUGCUAUUCUUUCAGCUGACUCUUUUUAUUCUGGCCACUAAUAGUUUGGUUGAUAGUUAUGGUAAGUGUUAAAUCAUAGUGCUUAGUGCUGUAUAUUCACUCUCAAAGGUACUGUAGCUUUUGGAAGUUAACUAUUAUUUUUAAAUUUAGGCGUAAACUUCAUAUCUGAAUGACUGAAGCUACCGUAAUUCUUUUAAAUCUUUUUUUUACUGUAGAUCCCAAUGCUCCAAUCCCCACUACCUUACUGAAAAGUGUCGCAUUAGAGCUAAUCGUCAGUUCAGCCGCCGUAAUCCAACAAGCGUGCACAGCCGGGCUUUAGACUUCUGCCACCAUUUUGUAGCCUUUUCUCUAAAACCAGCCCGAUCCUUCUAGGCUAGACACCACGGGAAUCUUUAAAAAGUGUCAAUGAUCAUUGCCUACCCACCUUCCUCCCAUAUCAAUAUCAUCAUUUUCCCUCUUUUCAGUGAUAAGAUUACGUCGAAACACCGAGACACACGCCCCUGUCGCCCAUGGACUUCAUCGAGAAAUCCGAAGGAAACCGCCGGCGAUUCUGCAACUGAUCGGACCGUUGGCAUUCGGAAGGAAGGAAGGAGACGACGCGAAGAUGCACGUUCCGAUGCUCGGACAGUUCGGUGUCGGAGACGUCAGUCAGAUGACUGCAAAGUUCACGCCGGAAGGCACCAGCGGACAGAAGGCGAACGGAGGUUCAUUUGAUUUGGACGACGAGAAGGGACCGCAAUUGGGGUACAUGGACAGGGAGACGACGAUGGGAGAAAGGUCCGGAAGCACCGGGAAGAUGUCGAUUGGAGGGUUGGGAAACAUCGAAUUGGGGAAUAUCAAUGAGCAAGGAACGGGAUUGCUAGACUUCUCCAAAACUUGUAAGUUCUUGAAAAUUUUGAAAGUAGACAGUAGUUUACAACCUAGCUGCAAUUUCAGUGUUCCCAUUCUUGGAGCUUCCCGCUUUGAAAAACGAAACAUCUGGAAAAGAGGAGCACACUCAAGUAGACCCCACCUACACUGAAUACUAUUAUCCGAAGCCUAGAAGUUAUUUGGGAUCCUCCUACGACCUUUCCAGGCCCAGAACAGCUGCGGAGACUUUGAUUCCGCUGGGAAAGAAUGAGGAGGUUAUUGCUUUUGCUUUAAAAUUUAAUUAAAUUCCGACCAUUUCAGACAAUCGAAUUCCCGAAAUUGGUUAGCGAAGUGGAAAAAGAAGAAGAGAAGCUGAAAGUCUUCAAAAAUCCAUUUGACAGUGUUCAAAUACGACCGAAAGUUCAUGCCGCUGUGACAAAACAUGUGGAUGAUAAAGAUGGAAAUGAAAAUGGAGAUGGGAACCAGAAAGAAGGAUUCAUCGCACAGAACGGGAAGCAAGUGGAUCCAGAUGAGGAUAAGACACCAAUAGAUUCCACAUUGCUCUCAGCUGAGCAUAAAGUUUCACAGGUUGGUGACACAUCUUGAAGUUUCUGUUUUAUUAUUUCCAGCUUUUCCAGAUAACAACUCGAAAAUCCAUCCACGAAGUCGGAUUAUCCGCCCGAGAAGUUUAUGCCCUGUGUGCCAAGUUUGCUCCUAUCGCAAAUCAGCAUUGUUACAAGAGCAAGGUUGAGAAGGAGUUUAUAGAAAGAUGCAGAGGGUAUCAGACUGAUUGUACGGACUUUAUCGUCAAAGCGAAGCCGCUCGGAGCCAUCGCCAACGCGUUUUCGUCGGGAGUCGGACUCACCUACUACGAUUGGAACGUCAACGGAAUCCCAUAUUAUCCGAUAAACGAGGAAGGGUCUGUCGGUAACGGACAUCACGGAAAAGUGGACUUUGGAACCUGGGGCGGAGGAUAUUCCGAUAACUUGGGCGUCCGCGAUUUCUGGUCACAAACUCAGGAGUACGGAGCAAAUUGGUAUGAGGGAUUGUACGGAUACAAGACCGGAUGGAGCAUUCCAAUUGUGCAAGGACUUGGUGUGGAAGGAGGUCAGGGAGCACAGGUUUCAGUGCCGAUCAAGGAGGGAGAACUGGGAAAGCCGAUCACUGUCACAAACGGAUAUCACGUCGGACCGUUUAUGGGGCUGGCUGACAGAGUUGGAGUCGAUUGGUUGAAUGGAGGCGUUUCGUAUAAUAAGGUCGGUGUUAAUGUUGUUAAGGUUAUUAGAGUAUUACUUUCAGGGCUUCGCAGUCCCCUUUGUCGGCGUAGGCGUCAACACAGGAACUGCCGUGGGAUUCCCGUCUGUCGGAAUGAUAAUGGAACGGAUGGGACUGAACGGAGUGGAAACCCUCAACACAAUGGCAAGGGCAGCAGCCGCCGAGACGGCCCAAGUGGCCGAGCACCGAUCGACUUCAAUAAACACGGGAAACUUGUACCUCUGA